AUGGCUGAAGGAUUGCAGGAUGGUACAAUGGAACCUACCUUACGUGAACUACGAUGGUUUCGUCGCAAACAAACAGACGAAUUGCGAACUCUAAUAGGAAAACUAAAGGAACUUGUUAUGGAGAAAGGGAGUCGCACAUUAUUACGUUAUGUGAUGUCAUCGACAGAAAGGGCAUUAGAGGAAGUAGCUAAAACGAACAAUGAUUUAAUAAAACAAGUGGGUGAAAAGGAAAGUGCAACAGAAAUAGAGUGGUUCAAGAGGCUUGAGACUGAAGUGUAUAAUCAAAUAAUGGAAGCACAUGGACACUUGAUGGAACGGAAGGAUGAACCAUCAUCGGAAGUUGUAUCACAGAAGGCACCCAGUGUAUAUUCAACAACAAGUUCAAAAAUUGAAGCAAGGAAAUCUGCUGAACGAACAAAGCUCGAAUUGGAAAGUUUACAACGAAAGAAAGAGAUAGAAUUGCAAAGAGAGAAAGAAAAGAAUAGACUAGAAGAAGAAAAGUUACGUCUACAACAUGAGCAAGAACAACGGAAACAAUCUAUAGAACAAGAGGAACGAGAGUUGAUAAUGCAAACUGAAGCCGAAUUAGCUGUUGAAGAGGCACGGACAAAGCAUUUUACCGCACAAAUGGAGCUGCAAGUUGAAGAACAGAUAGAAGAUCGAGCGAGUUGCCAUGGUGAUUGGAAUGGAAGAGUUAGCCCGUCCAUAGCUCAAGUGGAAGUAACCUCUCAGCAGAGAACGAAAGUGCAUUGUGAACCAUCAACAAUUCCAGGCCCAGCAACCACACAGAGUGACGGUGUUCUUGUCAAACUGGCAGAAGCAAUUUUCAAGACAAGAGAUCCGCAGAUUAAGAAGUUUGACGGAACCCUGAGCAAAUACACAGCCUUCAGAGCAACAUUCAAGAAGUUGGAACAGGAAAAACAUUAAACCAAGGAUGAGCUUUUGGACUUAUUACUAACACAUACAACUGAAAAGGCGGAGAAUGCUCUUCGGGGUAUACUUCCGGGCAGCGGAAAAUAUACUAGGGCUUGGGACAUCUUGAAAGAACGAUUCGGUGAACCAACCCAAAUCAUCCAAACAUAUGAUGAUGAAUUGCGAAAAUUUACUUCUGUCAGUGAAAGAAACGUGGAGCAGCUGAGGUCGUUGGCGGAAACAAUUUCCAGUUUGGUGGCGGUGUUCGAGUCACUGGGGAAGGAAGCCGAAAUACAAUCUAGUUACCAUGUGAGAGAAGCUGUCAGGAAGUUACCACCUUCUUUAAAGUUAGCAUGGGCAAGAUACGAAGGGGAUGAUCCAAAGCGAGCUACGCUGGAGACCUUUAGAUCAUGGCUAGAAAGACAAGCCAAGAUAUGGGAACGUGCAUUUGUGGACCCUCUGCAAGAAAGAGGUCAACGUGAAGCAAAACCUGCCUACAGAAGAUCCAACUACAGAACUGAUGCCCAUCACACGGAACAAAGGGCGUGCCCUUUCCACGACAGAGGACACCACCCACUGGAACAAUGCCGAAUGUUCAAAUCAUUGAGUAACAAGGACAAGAAAAAGAUCAUUAGAGACAAAGGACUUUGUCUAAACUGUUUUGGAAAGCACAUCCGAAAGCAAUGUAAGGAGAAACUGAAAUGUACUGUCGACAAUUGCCAGCAGAAUCAUCACUACCUACUCCAUGGCGUUGGUAUUUAUCCCCGGUUUCCUGAAAGAAGGUACAAACCACCAGAUGCAGACCUGACAGGAGAACAAGGCUUCGGGCCGAAAACUAGUCAAGAGAAGAAAAAGGAAGAAGUUCCAGUCAAAGAAAACCAAUCUUCCAAUGAAGUACAUACCGGACGAGUUGCAGCAAGUCAACAAAGAAUUGUCCAUCAGAUCAUACCUGUUAUUCUGUAUGGGCCGAGUGGGAAAAGGAAGACGAUGGCAAUGUUGGACAGUGGAUCAAACGCGACACUUAUUAAGGAAGAACUAGCCCACCAAUUAGGAUUCUCGGGGCAAACAAAUCAGUUAGUACUGGGAGGAGCAAAUACAGACGAAACGGUCAAGUCAUUCGUAAUACGCAACCUGACAAUAUCUGGCACAGGGAGGCGAAGAAGUAAAUACACCAUCGACAAAGUUCUUACGGUUCCACAAAUGAAUAAUCCCACAUAUGCAGUUGAUUGGACAGCAGAAACAAGGUUUGAUCAUUUGAAGGACCUUGAUCUCCAACCCGUUGAUGCGGCUGAAGUGCAAUUGGUAAUUGGAGUGGAUUCUUAUUUCCUUCAAGCCCCGCUGGAAACGCGAGAAGGACCCCGUGGAACUCCAGUCGCCAUCCGGACACGACUUGGUUGGUUAGCUUUUGCAACUCUUCCAUCGGAGGAUGAUUCUGAUGUGCAUGUUCGAUGUCUUGAUGUGGAACACACAACUGAACUUGGAACAAACAGGGACUUUCAAUGGCAACUCGAGCAGUGGAUCAACAUGGAGACCAUCCAACCUGUGAGAAAGAAGACUGAAAUCCGUUCAGUAGAAGACCAGAAAGCAUUAGAUAUCUUGCACACAACUACAAAAAGAUUACCAUCGGGUGACGCUUUUGAAUCAGGAAUUCUGUGGAGAGAUCCGGAGGUCGUGCUUCCGAACAAUCGAAAGGCAGCAGAAGCGCAGCUACAUGCACUCGAACGCCGCUUAGAUCGUGAUCCGCAGCUGAAAGAAGCUUAUCAGGCAUCUAUCACCAAUGACGUGGAGAAGGGGUACAUAAGGAAGCUAAAUAAACAUGAAGUACAGGCGACAGUCAGUAACAGAAUAAACUACUUGACGCAUCAUCCCGUGAGAAACCCAAAGAAGCCGGGCAAAGUACGGCGCGUGUACAAUGCGGCAGCGAAAUACGAUGGGAAGUCUUUAAACGACUUUAUUUAUACAGGUCCAGAUCUACUAAAUCCACUGUUUGGUGUGUUACUCAGGUUCAGACAAGGACGUAUAGCACUAUGCUCAGACAUUAAAGACAUGUUCCUGCAGAUGCGAGUAGUAGAAGAAGACCUUCCAGCACUACGGUUCCUAUUCAGAGAUUUGAAAGAUGAAGAGCCAAGUGUAUACCAAUGUUUAAGAAGACCUUUUGGUGAACGCUCAGCACCCACCUGCGCCAAUUACAUAAUGAAACGAAAUGCGGAGGACUUUCAACAGCAAUACCCAACAGCCGCUGAAGCUGUGAGAAAGAAUCUCUAUGUCGAUGAUUCACUGAAUUCGCUAGACGAUGAAGACGAAGCCGUUGCCCUACGUCAAGAACUAACCGAGCUUAUGAAACACGGCGGUUUCACUCUCACGAAAUGGUUAAGCAAUAGCCAAACUGUGAUGAAAGAGAUCCCAGAAUCUGACAAAGUUCCAACGAAGGAAGUGAAACUUGGUGACUUACCGACAUCCCAAGCUCUUGGUGUGCAUUACAACGCUCAGACAGACAGCCUGCACCUAUCAGCUCCAAAGAAACCUCCAGCCAAGACACCACGGGAGAUCCUAAGUCGCAUUGCCUCAGUCUGGGACCCACAUGGAUGGCUAAGCCCGUUCACAAUUCGAGGACGAGUACUUCAGCAGCAACUCUGUUUGGAGGAAGUAGGAUGGGAUACCGAGAUUCCAGAGGACCAGCUCAGAGAGUGGAAAAAAUGGGAAGACGAAGUCCAGGCAGUCGAAAGCAUCACAGUUCCUAGAUGCUUGAGAUCCUCUGAUGACGCCCCAAGUGAGGUACAACUACAUGUAUUUUCCGAUAGUUCGAAACAAGCAAAAUGUGCCGCAGGUUAUCUACGCUUGUCCUAUCCUAAUGGCAACGUACAUUGUUCCCUCGUCGCCGCCAGAUCGAGAGUCGUCCCCAAGAAGAGAAUGACCAUACCACGCCUGGAAUUAGACGCAGCUUGCAUGGCGGUAAAGUUGGCACUCACGUUGAUUGAGGAACUAGAUUAUCACAUUACAGCGGUGACAUUCUGGAUUGAUUCUAUGGUCGUGCUUCACUGGAUUCACCAACCCAGCAACAGGUAUCGCGAUUAUGUUGCUCAUAGAAUCGUUGAUAUUGGAGAAGAUCUCAAGAAGUUAGAAGCAGAUGGUGAAAGAAGGGUGCAAGUAAAGUAUGUUCCAACAAGUGCGAACAUCGCCGACGCCGGCACAAGAGGGCUUAAACUUCCAGAAACAACAUCUGAAAGCACCUGGCAAUGUGGUCCUGAGUUUCUUUAUCACGCUGAAAGUAUGUGGCCCCGACGUCCUGACGAGGGGGAGGUAAUCGACGAAGAACCGGAACUAAGAAAACAAGCCCAUACACGGUCGACCGCAGUUGAGGAGUCAAAACAAGCAAUCAUGAACUUAAAUCGAUUCUCGUCUUUCGAGAAAGCAAAGAGAGUAGUCGCAAACGUCCUAAAGUUCAUCGCCCUGACGCGUGAAAAGGUGAACGCGAGAAAGAUUGGAUCAACCCAAAGCCUCACAGCCGACAACUUGCACCAAGCGGAAAUGCUAUUACUUCAACAAGCACAGAUCGAAAGCUUUCCUCACGAAGUGGAAGCGUUAACUAAUGGCAAACCAAUCGGCAAGAAUUCACGCCUAGUCAAGCUCUCGCCGUUUAUCGAUGCAACCGACGGAUUAAUAAGAGUCGGAGGCCGUAUACAAGACGCCCCAGUAACAUACGACACCCGUCACCCAAUAGUUGUCGAUGGAAAAUCGGAGAUUGGUCGCUUAAUCAUUACCGAAUCUCAUCACCAACUUAGUCAUGGUCCAACCGACUACGUAUUAAGCUCAAUAAGGACACGCUAUUGGCUAGUGAAUGGCAGAUCGGAAAUCAAGAAAUAUGCAAAUAGAUGUCUCUACUGCAAAAAGCGAAGAGUAAAGCCGAUGCCACCUCGCAUGGGGAAUCUGCCCAGAAGACGCCUUACACCGUUCUUACCUCCGUUCAUGCACACCAUUGUUGACCUGUUCGGUCCAAUCUACAUUAAGCAGCGUCGAAGUGAGUUAAAGAGAUGGGGCGUGUUGUUUUGCUGUGCAAAUGUAAGAGCCAUUCAUUUGGAAGUAGCCGAGACACUUGAAACUGAUGCGUUCUUGAACUGUCUCACUCGUUUUGCGAAUCGCCGUGGCUACCCCAAAACAAUCACUUCAGACCGAGGUACAAACUUUGUAGGAGCAGAGCGAGAGAUGCGUGAAGGAUGGGAGCGGCUUGCACACAAUCGGAUAGAGCAGAACCUUACCAAGCACGGAACUGAUUGGAAUUUUCAUCCACCAAAUGCCCCUCAUAUGAAUGGAGCGGUAGAAAGAUUGGUAAAAUCCUGCAAACGAGCUCUUCAUGCUAUUCUUUUAAAUCGACGCGUGGACUCAGAUGUCUUGCAUACUGCAUUGGUAGAGGUGGAAGGUAUCCUUAACUCACGACCGAUUACACCAGUCAGCUCCGAUCCACUUGACCUCGAGGCGCUGACUCCCAACCAUAUCCUAAUCCAUCGACCCAACCUGAAUUCACCCUUCGAUGUAGUGAGUGAUCGUGAGAUAAACUCGAGGAAGAAAUAUCGGCAAGCACAAGUCCUCGCAAAUAUGUUUUGGAAUCGAUGGCUUAAAGAGUACCUUCCAUUAUUAACAAAAAGAAACAAAUGGACAGACGAAGUGAGAAAUUUGGAGAAGGACGACUUAGUACUGGUUGUAGAACCUAAUGUAUCGCGUGGCAUGUGGCUCACCAGGAGAGUUUUGCGUUCGUUCCCUGGCAAAGACGGAAGAGUCCGAAGUGCAGAAGUGAAGACCCUGUCUGGAAAUUACGUUAGACCGGUAGCAAGAUUGUGUCUCCUGGAGGAAAACAAAAGUGACAACUCUGAAAACUCAAUCACCCAAUAAAUGGGAUGUCUGAGUUGAGGGGGAGUGUUAAGUUAUGUUAUGAAGUAUUAAGCUUAAGUAACCGCUGACCGCAGUGACAGUCAGAAGUUUUGAUGAAACGUAGAACGAACAUAUUUGCACGUAUAUUUCCAAAAGACAAACGUAUAGAAAGGGUAAUUUAUAGACUUUGAUAUUCGUUAAUAGUUCUAGUUUAUCUUUUUAUGUGUUGUUUAUUUAUGUAUGUAAUCAUUUCUUUUGUAGACAAUCGAACAAUAAUAUAAUAUAACAUACAAAACCGUUUGUUGUUGUGAACAUUGUUACGACCCUUUACAUGUACCAGAGCUAUCGAGGGCGUUAGAGUUUACGAGAACAAUAAUUAUAACAUUUUAUCGCCGCUAUGUAGACGACACCCUUGUUUUGAUCAAGCCUAAAGACAUUCCUUUUGUUUUGAAAAAAUUGAACAGUUUUGACAAAAAUCUGAAAUUCACAGUAGAUAAUUUUGAGAACGGCAAAAUUCAUUUUUUAGAUUUAGAAAUUUCCGACUCCGGCAUUGAUAUUUUUCGGAAGUCAACACACACAGGUCAGUACACCCGUUUUGACAGUUCUGAGCCUUGGUCACGCAAAACGGCAUGGGUUAGGUCGCUUUUUCACUGGGCUGUGAAUAUAUGUAGUAACUUGACUUUUAUCAACAAACAAAUCUCUAUGAUUUCCAAAUUUACGUCUUGGAAUGGCUUUCCUGCCAAUGUGCGGUUUUCAAUUAUUCGCAAACUAAAGGCCAAGCAUGAAGUCAACUCUAGCGCGGAUUGUAGCAAACACAACAUCAAUGGACUACCAUCUCAAAAUGAUUUUUCUGAUGAUACCAGACUUAAAAUUUGGAUAAGAAUACCUUUCUUGGGGAAGCAGGGAGAAUUUUUGGUUAAAAAGCUUCUUAAGAAAAUACAGCGGAAUCUCAUACAGCCGGUCAAAUUUGUCGUAAUUUAUGACACUAAGAAGAUAUCAUAUUUCUUGCCUAAAAAAGACAAAAUUCCUAAUUCUUCGCGUAGCAAUAUUGUUUAUGAAUUUACUUGUCCUGGUUGCAACAGUUCCUACAUAGGCAAAACAGAAAGAAAUUUGGCUACUCGAUUAUCGGAACACUCAGAUCCACAAAAAAGUCCCAUUUCAAAACAUCUGUCGGAAUGUGAACAUGCUAAUUUCAUCCUUAAUUUGAACCACAUGUUUGACAACCUUAAUGACAUAAAUGACAGUGACACAGUCAAACUAGACACACCGCUCUCUUUUCACAAUCUCAUCCAGACUAACACUCAAACUCUUCACACUCUUAAGCACACAAAUUCCAACCUUCUCCUAUUCCUUGAAGCUCUGUAUAUUAAAUACAGAAUUGCAGCUUCUGUGUGGAAAGUAUCCUUUAAUCAAUAAAUUGUAUUGUUCACAUGUGUUUGUGAUGAUGUAUGAUUUUGACAUUUUGUGCAGGUUUCCUUAACAUUAGAUUUAAGAUUACUAGCUGAUGAGGUCUCCCAGGAACUGGCUGUUGGGAAUAUUCAUAUGACCACUCGCAUGAAAGUCAAUAGCCAUUCCCUACAUACUAAUGAUAAACAGGUAAAGGUGAAAUACUUUUGAGAGAUUUACAAACAAAUGUUAGUGACUGACCUAACAGAAAUUUUACUUGCCAUUGUUCUAGGUUCGUGAUGAUACAUCGCAUAGUCAACAAGAAGCAUCUGCUACAACAAAUGGUAAAUUCUAAGGAUCUCUAAUAUCAGUUGAGGGAGAAUUACUACUUUGCUAUGCAUGUUCUCUGUUUAUUUGUGUGUACUGAGUGGGAAUAUUGAAUAAUUGUUAGAGGAAGAAAGGUAUCUCAGCUUAAAUAACGAAGUAAACCAUACAUUAAUUGCUAACCGCUAAUCUGUUACUUCAGCGUUUCUAUAAAUUAUUAUUCCUUGCAAUAACUGGAGCCCAAGCGAACAUCCCAACUCCACGUAUAUAUUGAGCGAGUUUUGUUUCCUAACUUUGUGAGUUGCAAGUUUAAUGGUCUGGACUUUGUCAACUAAUUACAUGUGAACAUUUGUUUUGUAGUUUAACAUGCAUGGGCAAGUGUCCAUUUUGUAAUUUAACAUGCAUGAGCAAGUGUCUAAAAUAUUGAAUAUUUGACAAUAGAUUUCAAACAACUUAUAAUUGUAUUUUCCUUGCCAUUAUAAGUCUGUCCGCUGUGUAACACCAGUCCCAAAUUCAUGAUGUGCUGUCAGCUGUCUCAACCAAUGAGAAUUAGCUCGUUUGUUAUGUGGAAUGGUAUGUGAUUAUCAUAUUCGUUCAAUACUCAGACGAUAGUUCAUGCAGUGCUGUCUCUACCAAUGAGCAGGCCAGUUCUAUGCACUUCGACGAAUAGAUCGUUCGUUUAAUGAGGCUAUACGUUCGUUUUCAUUGAGUUGUGCAUGUUAACUAUUACUAAUACACUUUUGUGAAGAUGUAAGAAAAAUUUACCAGAAAUGUCUAUUAUUUAGGUUGUGUAUUCUCUUUCCUUGUUAGUAAUUCUCAGUUUAAGGAGGCCUCUGUCUAACAAGGCCUCAAUAAAUUAAAGGAGGCCUCUGAAUAUAAUUUAAAGGUAAAUGGUUACUUUUUCCUAAAACAAAGAUAUUUUAAUUACAUUUUUUUCAAGCACAAGACAUACGUGAAGUCCACAUAACCAAUGUUGAAAGAGUGUCUUUUCCCUAUGUGAUACCAAACUUUCCAGUCUUGACAGUUGAUCUAAUUAAGGUGAAAUUGGUCUUGAACGGUAAGGAAUGUCAAGGUUUGAUUAAUGCAAAAGAGCAUUCAAAUGCAAGACCUGGUAUAUAUAUGUGCACAUCACAUUGUGACAUAAUGAUUGAUGGGAUGAAUUAUGUAGUGCUUUGGCAGCUAGACAGUUACAAGCCAUUUCACAAACCUGUUGAGCAUCAGCCAACUCAGCCAAGACCAAGUGGCAGAGAUGAUGAAGAGACAGUACAUUGUCUGCCCUUUAAAGUUGUUGGAACAUGUUACUCAUCAUCAAGACAAAAAGCUCUUGAAAGAGUGUAUGAUUUCCUCCAUGUUUACAACAGACCAGUUUUUGCUAAAAUAGUGGCAGAGCCAGAUAACCAUGUAGACAAAAAUGCCAUUGCUGUGUAUGUAAUGACAGAAGACGAAUAUGAAAAAGUUGGUUACAUACCAAGAGAACUGACUACGUACUAG